AUCAUCGCUGGCCAAGUUGUUGCUGCUGGCGUACGUCGGUAGCAGGCUCUAAUUAUUGUCCUCGGCCCACUUUCUAUGUUCACUUGACAAUUGUCGACAAGACCGGAUAAGACGGGAACGGAAGAACGCACGAAAGGAAGAAACAAUUUUACCAGUACAAAGGGGUUCUUUGGCUACUAUGCCUCCAUAGCGCUAUGCCCUCCCUCGAAUCAGCCGGCUCUUUUUCCACAUUAUCUGAGGCCACCGCAAGCGGGGCCUCAACAGCCACACAUUCUUCCACUGGCUCUGCUUCCCAAUCCGCGACAAGCACAAGCUAUGUUUAUUCGUAUGCCACCAGUAAAAUUGUGAAAGUUGCUGUAGCUACCGGUGUGAUCGUUUUAUGUUUGGCAGCCAUAGUCUUAUUCUUCAAGGUAUCCUCUUGGAUCCGAUUGCGUCAAAGACUCAGGCGUCAACGACUUCUCACACUAACAUUAAAAUCUGAACAACAAGCCAACGCAUAUGAGAUUGCCGCGUGGGCGGAUGAACCGAGCACAGUACCUGCUCGCAGCGUGGGGAUCAGAGAGGACAAGGAAAAGAAGAGCAAAAAAGAGAGGGAGGAAUUGAGGGCGUGGAAAAGGGGUGGUGCAAAUGCCUGGGCAUUACAGGAAUGGGAGGGAGUGGCAGCGUGAGGAUCAUGUCUUUUUUUCUGACUCUGUAAGGAUUCCGGAGGUCUUUUUCUGUAACGCAUGCAUAGAGAGACUGUGUUACCUC